AUGGUACAUAGGGGGAGGUCAUUACGCUCAGAAACGGAACCGCAUACUGGCUCCUCUAAUGUCAAACAGUUUCGCCAAUUCACAACGAGGUCUCGAGCCAAGAGUACGGCCAGUUUUAAAGGGUUAAGGAGAGUGUUAACCCACGAUGGGACCUUUGACGAGGGUCAUGGACGACAUUCUUCGUUUCAAAAGUGUAAGAGUUCUGAUGCAUUGUCCAGGAAGAGAGUCAUUAGUGGGUUGAGUAUGACAACUUUAACAAGAGUGAAAUCUAAUCCAGGUUCUGUGGUAAGUCCCACUAGGGAUGUUAUAGGAAAUUUUGGAGGCAUUAAACCAACAAGAAGCAAGAGUACGCAUUCCGUCCUAAAUCUACAAGAAAUAGCUGAGAGGUUUAAUAGGGAAGGUGGUGCAAAAGAUGACAGUAGUGUAGAUGAGGACGAAGACGAAGACGAACAAGAAGAAGAAGUGGAUUAUUUUUCAGAUGAUAGCGAGAAGGAGAAGCCAAAUAAUCACGAAAAUGCAGGACCAAUAAGUUAUAAACCGCCAUCCAAAUUCAUAAAGGAGGAGGAUAAAGUAGACGGUGCUAAUAUUGAAAAUGUCUCAAUACGGAGUACAGACAAUGAUACAAAAAAUGUGGGUUCCCAACCAGUUAUUGUUGAAGAUGAUCAUAUAGACCAUAGCAACCUCAAUGAGAUAGACGUAGGGAAUGUUAUAGAACCUUCUCUUCACACAUUAACCAGACAAGGAUCAAUGUUUGCUAAUUUGCCCAAAAAGGUAACUGAUAAGGAGAAAAUAGUGUUAGACAAGAUAGAUACAUCGAAUGAUUCAUCGGCUAAUGCAGGACCUGCUACUAGAAUUGCUAAUUUUGAAAAUGAUAAUAACAAUCUGUUUGACAAACCACCCAUGGACACGAAUAAAAAUAAUAAUAAGGUGUCCAAGGAAAAGUAUAUUCCGACUAUGAUAUUAUCGCAAUCAACAGGUAUGGAAAGAACUUUUGAGGGACCACCUUCCAUUCAAAACUCUUUAGCGAACGUGUUGGAUAGUCCUAUCGAUAAAACAUCCAACGAACCAAUAGAUAAUGGGGAUAAAUUAAACGAUGUCAAUAAUAGUAAUAAUAUUCAAACGACAAUAAAGGAGGAAAUUCCACGUAAGGAUUUUAAACCAACGCCAAGAAUAAAUACUCUUAACGUGACGAAUACAUCUGCUGGUCAGCAACACACAUUUUCUAGUUCAAUUUCCAGUCUUACCAACAAUUUACAACACGCUAUAGGCAACCAAACUUUACUGGGGAACCAUUAUACUUUACCUAAUGUCAGAAUGAAUAACGCGAAUGUCAGCAACAUUCACAAAAAGCCUUCGCAAAAUCAAUUACUGCGAACGGAUUCUACAACUCAGAAUGGAAUUACGUCUGACCUGUCAACAUCAUUGAAGGGGAAAGAUUCCAAUAUACCUAAGAAAUUUAACAACUUUCAACAGUUUUUAAAAUCAGAAGAUGUAGACGAUGAUUCAAGAACUCAGCGGAAACUGUGGCUACAAAGAGAAAGUUCUAUUAUGGAUUUAUCUUUACAAAAUGAUAAUAAUAAUCCUGAUGCCAUCUUUAUGGCCAGCAACGUAGAAGUGAAAAGAGAAUUUGAAAGAAUAUCUCAUGAAUAUAUUAACAUCAAGAGAUUUUCAAAUCCCUUAAAUGAAGCAUUAUCGAGACUGGAAAAUGGGAAGAAACCAUUGGGGAUAAAACAAAAGGGUACCCAGAAUAACCUUGAAAGGAGAACUCCUCCCAACUCUAUGUUCUCCAAUUAUAUGAGCUCAAGUAAACCAACCGAUGAAGUCAUUCUACCUGAAUUACAAAACACCAAGAUACAAAGAAUCCUAUCUUCCAUGUGGAGGGAAGAGAGUUCGCUUUUCAUUAAAGAUAAUAAUCCAUUGAAUAGGAUUUCGCAUUCGUCAAAUAUGUCCACAAAUAGUCUCCGGCCUCGUAGUACUUCGAACAAGCAUUAUUCUUCUCAGAACGUUAGACAUUCACUCCGGGGCCCUGGCUCAUCUACGAAUUUGCAUCAUCAACGGGUAGUCAACUCGUUGCAACCCACCACCAGAGCAGUAAACAGAAGAAUGGAGAACCAUCAGCAGCGAUAA